AUGGAGGGCGCGAUGGGGGCCCGGGGACUCAUCAGCGCCAGCGCAGUCAAGGGCGACCUGCGCACGUGCCUCGAGGCAGCCCACGAGCUCCAGAGGCUCAUGCGCGCCCCGCCCGACUUGAACACCCUCACCACCAUCCUCCAGUGCUAUUCGAGGUCAAGUCUGUUCGAGCAGGAACACAGCAUGCUGCUCCGCUACCUGGCCUCGCUCCGAUCCCUCGACCCUGCCCACCAGAAGGAGAAGGAGGCGCACGGCCAGCUACGGGCGAGCGGCACUGAAGCGUCGCCGCCCACCACCAUCACCACCGGUGGCGGCGGCGGCAGGGCGGAGGGACGUGGUCCACCGCGCCCUCGCGCGCGGACCCGCAUCCAAAGCUGGCGCCCCAUCCAGCAGCGACCCAGGUGCACCUCCUCUCCGCGCACCUCGCCGCUGCUGGUGGCGGCGGUCGUCGUCGUCGGCCUCCUCUUCACCAUCACCAUCACCAUCACCAUCACCAUCACCAUCACCAUCACCAUCACCAUCACCAUCACCAUCACCAUCACCAUCACCAUCACCAUCACCAUCACCAUCACCAUCACCAUCACCAUCACCAUCACCAUCACCAUCACCAUCACCAUCACCAUCACCAUCACCAUCACCAUCACCAUCACCAUCACCAUCACCAUCACCAUCCUCCCGCCCGUUUCCGAGAUCCUACGCUCCGAGGGCUCCUUCCUGGGCGAGCAGCUCACCCUCCGCCAGUUCAACCCGGCCAUCUACGCUCUCGCUGGGCCAGGGGACGGGGCGCUCCAUUUGCUGGAGGAGAUCCUACGCUCCGAGGGCUCCUUCCUGGGCGAGCAGCUCACCCUCCGCCAGUUCAACCCGGCCAUCUACGCUCUCGAAGAGAAAUCUGACGGCGCUCCCAGGCUGGGCCAGGUCGACCGGGCGCUCACCCUGGUGGAGGACAUCCAGACCCACGGCCUUCAGCCCGACAUCGCCACCCACAACACCAUCCUCAAAGGGUUCGCACUGCGGGGAGAUGCGGUGGGCGCUGUGCGCUACUACAACGCCAUGCUACGCAAGGCACGGGGUGAAACCGACCACGAAAACUCGGAGGUGGUGGCACGGGAGGUGGGCUCUCUCCAGCCGGCGGCCCUCGUCACGGCGCAGCUCUACAACUUUGAUGAGUCCAAUGUGCUCCGGGCGGCGUCGCCCGGCCACAUCCAGGACGCCUACUCCCAACUGCUCCUCGAGAUGCAGGCCCACGGAGUAAAACCCAAGGCCCAGUUCCUCUCUUCGCUCGUGUACGGCAUGUGCCUCACGGGCCUGGUCGAGGCCGCUCUGCCCCUGGUCGUCUCCGCCCUCCAGGGCGAUGCGGAGGAGAGCGGGAGAGGAGGAGGAGGAGGAGGAGGAAGGGGCGUGGGCGGGGCGUGGCUGCGGCAGGAGCGUGCGGACGUGAAGCUGUUCAACCAGCUGCUGCUGGGCAUCUCGCUGCAGCCGCAGCCCUCGCUGGACAUGACCGCGCAGGUGCUGGAGAUGAUGGAGGGUGCCGGGGUGAUGCCCAACCAGCACACCUACACGACCCUCAUCAACGUCUACGCCAACUUCACCCAGCAUACCGCGUUCCCGCGUGGGCCGCCCUGGCUCUCCCCGCGCAACACGCCCGAGCUGCGCGAGGCCGGGCGCGAGGCCCUCAUGAAGGCCCUCUCGGUCUACUUCUCCAUGCGGCGGCAGCACCUCCGCGAGCAGGCUGCCUCGCCCUCCUCCUCGGCGCGCGGGGUGCCCACGGCCACCUUCAACUCGCUCGUCAAGCUCGUCGGCACCGAGGACCUCCUUGACGUCUCCUGCCACGACAUCGACCACCUCCAUGACGAGCUCCUCCUACUCGCCGCCCAUCACGACGCCCCUGCCCCGCCGCCGCCGCCCCGCGCCAAGCAACAACGCGGGCAGCAGCAGCAGCAGCAGGACGAGGCGGAGGCGUGGACGCGCCUCCCGCUGGCCGAGCUCCAGAAGCGGUACGCCGAGCGUCCGCUGCCCCUGCCGGCCUACUUGCCCGCCGAGCGCACGGCGUCCCAGAUGACACCCCUCGAACUGCUGGCCUGGCGCGACCUCGCCGCCAAUGGCGCCAGCCCCCGACCGCCGCAGGCGGCCGACGGCGGUGGCGGGCGGCCCGACUUCCUGGGGCGCCAACUCAACCCCAAGUACUCGUCCUACCUCAUCAAGCAGCGAAAUGACCGCCGAGCCCAGUUCGCCAAGCUCCUCGCCAAAACGCCCCCCUCCGCCGCAGUGGGUACUGUCCACCACGAGCAGCAGCAGCGGCAGCAGCAGGAGGAGGCACAGGAGUCGACGGACGUCUUCGGUUUCGACGAAGCGCCGGGGGUGGAAGCCGGAGCCCACCACCACCCGCUGUUCCUGCGCACGCUGUGGCGAGUCGGCGAGGAGUACCUGCGCACGCAUCGCUUCGACGACUUCGUGGAGUGCUACCGCCUGGCCCGGCAGAGCUAUCCCGUGUCCGCCACCAAGUGCUUCGGCUUCCUCCUGCGUGCCUGGCGCACGCCCGGCAGCCCGGACCUCGUCCCCGACGCGAGCGCCGAAAACGCUCUGCGGCAGGCCCUCCGCAAGCACGCCAUGGCAGACCCCGAGGCCGCCUCUCCCCCUUCUUCCGCCCCGAUAAACGCCCUCUUCCAGUAG